AUGGGCCGAGGCGGUGGUGGAGGCUACCGAGGCGGUGGAGGCUACCGAGGCGGCGGCUACCGAAGCGGCGGCGGCGGCUACCGAAGUGGUGGUGGCGGCGGCUACCGAAGUGGCGGCGGCGGCGGUGGUGGCGGAUAUCAAGGCGGUUACGGCGCACGACCGUACGCACCGUACGGCGCCGCGGUGCCCGCGCCGAUGCCGUCUGCCCCCAUGAUGCAUGCCGGUGGGUACCCCAUGCCACCACAGGCGCAAGUCGCGGUGGGCGCUGGCGGCGUGUACGCUGCCCCACCGUCACAGCCGCUCCCGCCGCGUGUGCCGAUGCAGAUGCCGGUGGCUGCGCCGCAGUGGAGCCAGGGCCCCCCGCCGCUUUCCGGGGAGAAACGGGGCCGUGACUCUCCUGAACGGCGGAGGUCCGACAGCCGCGAGAGGUUUCGCCGCCGUUCCCGCUCUGGUAGUCGCCAGCGCCACCGCGGUUCUGACGAAGACCACCACCGUCGUCACGGCAGCCACGAGCGCCGCUGA